AUGUAUAUCCGGCUCUCAAAAAUACAAAGUGGGUCGUUCAGUACCGUUUACCGGGCUUACGACUCGGAGUCUGAGCAAGAAGUUGCGUUGAAGAUUGUGGAAAAACCUGCAGACGCUGCCGCCGCAUCCAAGAUCGCUCGACUGGUCGCCGGCGAAUACGAUGUGUUGAGCAGUCUGGGCAAAGGCCAUCCCAACAUAUGUGCGCUGCUGGACUUCUACGAGAGGGAAACGUGUUACGUGUUUGUUAUGGAGUUCGCCGCUCGAGGCGAUCUCUACGAUGUGAUCCGUAGCUGGAAGACCCGCAGUGAGUCCCGAGUUCAAGUCGAUUUUUCCAGGCUGGUGCCUCAGCUGUGUUCGGCUAUAGACUACGCGCACGCGCACGGUAUAGCUCACAGAGACAUCAAACCUGAGAAUGUGCUGCUUGAUGGCAACGGCAAUGUCAAGCUCGCCGACUGGGGGCUUAGUUGUCGAACGAGAGUCUCCAAAGACGUUCGCAUUGGUACUGAGAAGUACCUUGCGCCUGAAGCAUACACCAGUCCUCAUGACACCUUUUUGGCUGACUACUGGUCGCUAGGCAUCACUCUGAUGUUUGCCAUGUUUGGCGCGUGUCCUUUUAAAAACGCGUGUCUGUCCAAGAACCCGGACAACCCAAACUUCGCGCACUUCGUGUCCAAUGGGCACCAGUUCAUCGCCGAAUACUAUUUCGAACCUUUGCGCGCAGGUCGCGGCAUAACAUCGAAAAGCUCACGCAGGUUGCGGAAGGAUAGUUUGGGUGUUGAAGGUCCAGCCGAAUGGAUGUGUCUUCCGCAGGUAGGACAACCGUCGUUGAAUCGCGAACAGUUUUUAAUUUUGUUUGCGACUUACGUGUUGAACUGCUUGCUUACAGUCAAUCCCAUUGCUCGCAAUAUGAGGGCGUUUUUGGUCCGUAUGAGUUCUCUGCUCUCACCGGCUCAGAAAAACUCGCGCCUUGAAAAGCCGAAAGGAUCCACGGGUGGUAUCAACUCUGGAAGGGAUGACAUGUUUUCAGACUUCUAUUUUACUGGCCUGGUAACAGAUCCAGGAGCAGUGGCCUCUAUGUACGGUGAGAAUAAAAACUCGUCUGUGGGAGGCAGCUCUACAUCUGAAAGCCUGAAUUCAAGCAAGAUCAGUGUAGGUGGCGCUUCGUCGGACAGUUGCGCCUCUGGGAAUAGCAUGUCAGGAAGUACGAACUGUGACAGUGCAUCUGACGUCAGUUCUGGUUCCGACGGAGCUAGUUCUGUCCCUAAACUUGGCCAAAAGAGCCAAGGUUUAGAGCGUCUACACGACAAAUAUUCGAAUUCAGCAAAAAGGCUGUCUGCUGAGUUGGAAUGCCAUGUGUCAAAGGAUACUUCCGAAAUCCAAUGA